AUGAUUAUAACAAAAAUACAUUUAAUUAUCAAUUUUGCAGUUCUAGAAACAUACAAAACACACAUACCAGAAAACCACUAGACGGGGGAGACGAAUGUGUGGAAAACCUAAAGUGUAUAAAAGAAUUGAAAAAACUAUCAAAUUGCAGCGUAGAAUAAAAACAAUUAUUGUUGGUCUACAAAGAUAAUAGGAAUUUGAAACAAUGGCCAUAUAUUGUUGGGGCAAUACCGCCCAUGGAGAAUUAGGUUUGGGUGGUAUUGAAGAGGAACAGAUUUUAAUGCCAAGAAAAAUGAACUGGAGUCCACCAGAUUCAUAUGUGAAACAAGUUAGCUGUGGCCGCUGGCAUACACUAUUUUUGACUUCAGAUGGCAAGAUAUUUUCAUGUGGCAGCAAUGACAAUGGCCAGCUGGGGCAUGAAUUACCAACGAAAAGGCCACGUAUGUCACCGUUUAAGUUAAUAACAGAAUUGGAAAAUUAUGUUAUAACAAGUAUAAGCUGUGGAUCACGUCAUUCAAUGGCUUUAAAUGAAUGGGGUCAAAUUUUCACUUGGGGUCAUAAUGAUUAUGGCCAAUUGGGCAUAACGAAUUGUCCUGAUGUGGUUACACAACCGAAAAUUGUGCGAAAUUUAGUUUCCAAACAUGUAGUACAAAUAGCUUGUGGCAGUAAUCAUAGUUUGGCCUUAACAAAUUGUGGUGAAUUAUAUGCUUGGGGUUCUAACAUUUAUGGUCAAUUGGGUGUGGCUUCCACCAGCGAUCUGGUGCAUUCAAAUGUGCCUCGUUUAAUUACUUCUUUACAGGGCAUACCCAUAGCCUUUAUUAUAUGCGGUGGCAAUCAUUCGUUUGUUAUCUCCAAAUCUGGAGCUGUUUUUGGCUGGGGCCGUAAUAAUUGCGGUCAAUUGGGACUUAAUGAUUACGUUAAUCGUUGUUAUCCCACCCAGUUGAAAACAUUGCGCAGUUUAGGUGUUCGUUAUAUUGCCUGUGGCGAUGAAUUUUCCGUGUUCCUAACAAAUGAUGGUGGUGUUUUCACUUGUGGUUCUGGCAGAUAUGGCCAAUUGGGUCAUGGCUGCAGUUCGAAUGAAGUUUUACCUCGUAUGGUUGUAGAACUGAUGGGCAGUAUGGUGACACAAAUUGCCUGUGGUACAAAACACACUUUAGCAUUAGUGCCUUCUCGUGGUCGUGUUUAUGGGUUUGGUUUAGGCUGUGCCGGCCAGCUGGGUACACGUGUAACGAAUAGCUCACUGAUACCACAAGUGGUAUUGGGUCCGUGGGUUUCUCCAAGCGGCCAAGCCUUAAUAGAAUCAAAUAUAUCCGAAGAUGUAGAAACAUCAUACAUAAUUAAACAAAUAUUUUCGGGUGGUGACCAUUCACUAGUCACUUGUACCUAUUAUGAGGAUAAAAUACCUGCCGUCGAUUGUCGGGUAUACGAUAUAAAAACUCAGGUGCUGUUCUUAACGGAAGAAUCAACUGAACAAAUCUCACGUGUUGAAAAUGAUUGUACGGUCGAUAUGGAUCUUUUAUCAUUGGUGGAAUUAGUCUUUAAAAGUCAAGCCUGUCUGAAUGCCUCAUUUUUAUUGGCUGACUAUCGGCAUUUUUGUUGUACCUCAAAACAUCAUGGGAUCGAUUUGAAAUCAGCGGAGAAAGCCUUUCACUAUUUGCGUAAAGUUGAAAAUGAGAGUUUAAAAUCGUUGAUUUGGGAUAAGAUUACCAAUGAAUUGUUAAGCUCUUUGACACCCUCCCCCGCUGAUGUUGAGACUUUAAGAGUUUAUAUGCUGUUGCCAUUCUAUCAUGAAUUUGUUAAUUCCAAAAAUUAUGAAAAGCUACAUAUACCAUUUAGCAAAGCCGUGCUCAGUUUAACGGAUAUACCCAAAAAAAUUGUGGGCAUGUGGUGGUCUCAAUUGUCGGCCGAUUGGUUUGAACAUUUAGUAACCUAUUAUAGAGAUGUUGUGGCGUAUAUAAUUAGUUUUAAGAUACCUCCAAUAGUGGGUAGUGCUUCACAGAAGAGGCUUGUAAGAUAUAAUUCAAAUUUGGUGGCAGCUUUGAAAAUCUUAAUUUACUUUCAUCAAAUCAAUAAAAAUGCACGCAAAGAUAGAUUACCUCAUAAAAUAUUUAUCUGGCCUGAGUUAACUGAAUUUGUGGAUAUACAACAAGAGUAUGUGCACUGGUUAAUGGAAAAAAAUCGUGAUGCGUUUAAUAUUUGCAAUUAUGGUUUCCUUUUUGAUGCUGCUACAAAGACAACUCUUUUACAAACCGAUCAAGCCUUACAAAUGCAUCAGGCCAUGCGGAAUGCCACCAAUGAUAGUUUCCUUAAUAUGAUAGCAUUUGGAACGCCCAUCUCACAGUUUAUCGUUUUAAAUGUUACACGCGAAAAUCUGGUACAAGACACCAUACGUGAAAUAGCUCAAUACAAUACGAGUGAUUUGAAAAAGCCUCUCAAAGUGAAAUUCAGCGGCGAAGAGGCCGAGGAUGCUGGUGGUGUACGCAAAGAAUUCUUUAUGUUGCUUUUAAAAGAUCUCAUCGAUCCAAAAUAUGGCAUGUUUAAGGAGUACGAUGAUUCACGUGUUGUCUGGUUUGCCGAUGUUACAUUCGAAACCGAAACUAUGUACUUUUUAAUUGGUGUAAUUUGUGGUCUAGCCAUAUACAAUUUUACAAUUAUUAAUUUGCCAUUUCCUUUGGCCUUGUACAAGAAACUCUUAAAUUUUGAUGUCGAUUUAAGUGACUUGAGAGAACUAUCACCCAUCUUGGCUAAUUCUAUGCAACAGAUAUUGGACUAUGAUGGUGAUGAUUUUGAGGAAACAUUUGAUUUACAUUUCGAAAUAUCUAGAGAUAUUUUUGGAGAAACCAAAAGCGAACCCUUAAAGCCAAAUGGUGAAAAUAUUAUGGUGACUAAGGAGAAUAAACAGGAAUUUGUUGAUUUAUAUGUAGAUUUCAUUUUCAAUAAGGCUGUAAAUGAUCAAUAUAAAGCUUUUCAAAAUGGUUUCAUGAAGGUUUGCUCAGGUCGAGUAUUAAAAAUAUUUCGACCAGAAGAACUAAUGGCCAUGGUUGUUGGCAAUGAGGAGUAUGAUUGGAAAGCUUUAGAACUUAAUUGUGAAUACAAAAAUGGUUACACAUCAACUGAUGAAACGAUUAAAUGGUUUUGGGAGGUAUUUCAUAGUUUACCCUUAACUGAGAAAAAGAAAUUUUUGCUGUAUUUAACCGGUAGCGAUCGUAUACCUAUACAGGGCAUGAAAGCCAUUCGAAUUUGCAUACAACCCACAAAUGAUGAUAAAUUUUUACCGGUUGCCCAUACCUGCUUUAAUUUAUUAGAUUUGCCACGUUACAACACCAAGGAACGUCUGAAAUAUAAACUUUUACAGGCCAUUCAACAAACUCAGGGUUUUAGUAUAGUAUAACACAUAACCACGCCCCAUAUACACAACUUUGCUUGGUGGUUUUUCUUUUGCUACAUAUUUUAUAGCAGCACCCACGUCAAUCAUCAUCAUCUAAUCGGAUGUAAUAAUUUAGUUUUAUUAUUUAAGGCAAUUGAAUGAAUUUAGAAUGACAAUAUUGUUAACAUGGUUUUUAUAAAAUAUUUAUUUUGGCAUCUUAAUUACAAUUAAUUACUGCUGCCUUUUAAGUAGAGACACUUAUGAAAGAACAGAGGAGACAAGGAAGGAGGUCUAUGGAUAAAAAGAAUUUUGCUUAUACGACUGAUAAUAAUUUUUUAAAAACAACAAUAAAAUAUAAUAUAUUAUAUUGAAUAAAAAUUUAUAUGCAUUUUGAAAAUUAAAA